AUUUGUCUCUGCGGAUUGCGCGCCACGCCCUCUGGUGCGCGUGUGUUACGUAAAAACUGACGCAAGCGGAUGUCAGGCUGGAAAACUUGAGUUUGUGUCGAGUGUUUGAGGGUGUUGUGUGUCCCAGAUUGCCUUUGCUAGCGUCGUCGUGCCUCAUCUGGAAGGUGUCAAGAUGGUCGUUCUGUCGAAAGAGUAUGGCUUUGUGGUGUUGACCGGCGUCGCCAGUAUGAUCAUGGUGGGACACUUGGCGGUUAAAGUGGGCAAAGCUCGCAAGAAGUACAACGUGCAGUACCCCAAGAUGUACAGCGACGACGGCGAAAAUGGCAACGUUUUCAACUGCAUCCAGCGCUCGCACCAAAACACUCUGGAGCAAUAUCCAGCCUUCCUUUUCUGUCUGGCUGUUGGUGGCUUGCAUUGUCCUCGUCUCGCCAGUGGACUCGGAGCUGUGUGGAUCAUCGGCAGGGAGGUGUACGCCCACGGCUACUCCACAGGAGAUCCUAAAAAAAGGGCGCACGGAGCAUUCGGGACGGUGGCUUUGCUCGGAAUGAUGCUGACCACAGCCCACUUUGGAUGUCACCUGGUGGGAUGGACGGGACCGUGCGUCGGUUGGCGUAAAACGCAUUGUUGUUGAGGACUUGAGCAGGAAUGUGGCCGUUAUUGUACUCGGCCAAUGUAAACGCUUCAGCCUUGUUUUGCUGUGUGUGUGCGUGUGUGUGUGUGUGUGUGUGUGUGUGUGUGUGUGUGUGUGUGUGUGUGUGUGUGAGAGCCAAGUGAUCUGACUGGUUCUCCAUGUUGGAAUAAUGGAGAGUGGUUGCACCCAGUGUCUCCCCGCCAGGUUGUCUGGGUUGCAUACUGAUUUCGACAUUAUAAAUAAAAUUUCAAGCCUUA